AUUUAGUCGUCUCAUCGGUGAUCAUCAUCUUCUUUCUUAGUAAACUCUCUUUGUCUGUCUCGUACUUCUAAACGCAAAUACAGAUAUACGAUUUUUGUUCUUUCUUAAUUUGAGAAAAUAUGGAGAAAAUGUUGUAUUUUAUGCAUGCCGGUCGACUUGUCUUCGCAUUUGCGCUCGUCGUGUCUGCUUGGAGAGAGUAUAAUCUUGAAGGUACUUGGAGGGUAUUUAGCCUUAAUGGUGAAGUAGCUGCCGAGGAGUACAAAGUUGGUCUUGGUAUAAUGAUGAAGGCAAAAUACAUAAUUGGUCUUGGUAUAUUGAUAAAGUUAUUCGGAGGGAUAUUUUUCAUCUUCAGCACCUACCUCGGAGCUCUGCUCUUGUAUAUAACACAAGUGAAAUGUAUGAAUAAGAACGUGAACGGGACGUCAUCAACAGAUAAUCACGAUCUUGCGGCCAUGUGCUACUAUGACUCCAUAGCUCAAGAAGAAUGGAGACAGAUAUUCUGCGAUCAACUUAACGAGACUUUGAGACUAGCCAGCUCGAAUCCUCUAUUCAUACAGAGCAAGUUUAACACAAUUUUCAUGCCGUUCAUUAAGCGUGUUGGAGUAGUAGCUGUGUUGGUGUUCUUUAUUGCGAUGGAACAUAAGUAUAGGAUGCUCAAGAAGCACAAAACUAAUUGAGCCAAUAUGAUCGGCUUCAUCACUUGUGUCUUAAACAAAGGAGGGAUCUCCUUUUUUCAAUAGUUUUGUUUGUCAGAUCCUUAAUGAAACGUUAUCAUACUACAAUAUCUACAAUUUCUACAAAUUAGACCUUGACCAGCAGCG